ACAUAUCUAUUAUCGAUGACUGUAAUCUAUAUAUUAAUUUCGAAUGAGGGUUAGUAAUCCUAGCCGAAUUCAAUCAAGUUUAAUGCCCCGUUUCCACUUGGCGUCCGACUCAAUUGUGAACUGCCAGUGGGCGACAGUUCAUUCAUCACGAUGCAGAUUUAACAAAUUCGAUCGUCGUUCGAUCAGCUGGACGGGACCUCUGGAUUUGACCGUCGCGCCACUUGAAUUUUGGCGCCGCUCCGCAAACCAACCAGCAGCAUCCGCUGGAGAGGAAUCCCGGAAUUCAACAUGGCGCCCGCUGGUGCUUGUUCGCACAAGUGUUGUUACGGCGCUGGUAGCGCUACUAGCGAACUACUCUAACUGCUGCUGCUGGCGCCGCCGCGCUGGUCUGUUUUUCUACCAUCAUUCACGAAGAAGUGUCGGUUUGUGUGUGUUCUAGUGAUGCUGUUGGAUCUAAUUCGAAUUACGAAUGGAGAUAGACGUCCAGCCAGUGAUAUUAUCAUUGUGUGCGUGAUUUUGUGCGGGGUUUUGGUGCGCACACGCCGCUAUUUGAAUUUAGUGGUGUCUCUGCUGUUGUGUGUGCCUGAGUGACGAGAAUCACCGAACGAUUCCAAUCGACCUCGAAAACGAAUAACGAACAACUAAAUGACCCCCGCAUAGGGCGCCUAUCCCGUCAGGCCACCCCAACAAAACGUUUUCAGUGUCAACCAACACUCAUGUGACUGACUACGGUUUGUUCGCCUGUUAGGCUGUGCCAGUGAUCGGUGAUCCCCUGAAAUAGCGAAACUCAAGUCGAGCGUACAGUCUAACGGAAACGUUUAAGACGAUGGAUGACAUUGUUCUGUGUACUGACCAACGUCGAUAUUGGCUUCGGACAUGCUCGAACUCGGUUCAGGGUGACAGGCAAUAUCAGGAGGAUGAGAUCCUUUACGACAUUGAUGAUAACUUCAUCUACUACGGAGUGUUCGAUGGCCAUGGCGGGAGGCAGGCGUCCGACUUCGCUAAGGAGCAUCUGGUGGCGAAUAUCAAGAUGCAGGAGGGCAUCCUUGAUGAAAACCACCAACAGGUGAUCGAAGCGAUCAAGUCGGGUUUCGCCGACACUCAGAAGGCGAUGGAAUGCUCGGCCGAUGAUUGGCCAAAGACGAGCUCUGGCCAUCGAAGCACUGCUGGAACGACGGUCAGCCUCGUACUAAUCGAUCGCCGAAGGUCUCGACUGUUUGUAGCACAUCUGGGCGACUCCAGAGUACUGUUGGGCCGCUGCGUAAAAGCAAGCACGAUGUCUCGAUUAAGUAACGGAGUUAACGGCGCCACUGGUACGGGAGUUCGUUCUGAUUGUGACAGUGAUGAUGGUGAACUCACCAAACGGGGGCUUGAAGAGGUUUGGUCCACAAGAGCCCUUACCGUUGACCAUAAGCCGGAAUGUGAACCGGAACGAGAACGUAUAUGGAGACACGGGGGCUCGAUUAUGGUGAAGUACAACGUUCCACGGGUUGUGUGGCGGCGAAAAAACCGAAAUACCGAAGUCUUUGAGCAAGUGCCUUUUCUUGCCAUCGCCCGGUCUUUAGGUGAUCUUUGGAGCUAUAAUUAUGAUAGUGGAGAGUACAUUGUGUCACCUGUGCCGGACGUGGAGUGUAUUCCGAUUGCGUCAGAUCUACGUUGCCUGGUGCUCGGCUCUGAUGGAUUGUUCAACAUGCUAAGCAAUUCGGAAGUUGUGGAAAAAGUUCAGGAGGUUGAAGAGUACUUAUUACAAAUAGAGCGAUUCAAUCUGAGGGCGGCGCGAGAUCCUGCGCGCGAAUUAGUCUCAAUGGCCCUGGAUCGGUGGCGUCGGACUCAAUUACGCAGCGACAAUAUCUCCGUGCUAACAGUAGCUUUCCGCAGCCUGCUGCAUGAUAUCAGCCCUGACAGAGAGGUCUCUGUGAAGGCAGAUACCGAGGAGAUAAGCGAAUCGGCAGACUUCUCGCCGCCUUUGGUGAAGAGCAACCCGCUAAAUCAUGCAACACUCCCGUCAGAUGAGGAGAAUAAUCUUUUGAGACUUCCGCUUAACCACCUUAACCAGAAUCGAACCUGUGGCAGUAAACGGUCUCGAAGCGUGGACUCUGUCUGUGCUAAACAACCUCGUCUUCAUCAAAUGGAUCUCCGAGGCGCUCGAGAUCGCGCGUGCAAAAGGGCAUCGAGUGUUAGCAGUGGAGCAGCUAGUCCUGCGGCACACGCGAGUACUACUAACAAACUAUAGCGAAGCGUCGACUAUAAUGAAAAUAUCACCUUUACUAGUUAUUGUUCGAUAGUCCUUAUACUCCUAAAGAACAGGAAUACCGUUCUACGUUGACCUAACAACGACUGUUCCGCUCCAGAGAAAAUCCAUUUGACGUUGGCAGUACUAAGUUCAAUCGAGGUCAUUCUACAUCGCUUAAAGCAUUGGAACUGUAUCGCUACGAUGAAGCUGUUGCUGAACAAAAGAACAGUUAACUAGAUAGCCAAAUACAGUCCCCGACUUUUGGGCACCCGCUGACUGAUGGCUGGAUAAACAUCAUAAAAUGUUUACAUAUCAUUAUUACUGUUACAACCCUCAUGCAGACAUGCUACGAACGGCAUAAAACGAGACAAAAGCGCGUGGGUUUAGAAGUUAACGGUAAAGGAACGAACGGUUUCCUCAUUUUGCCCGAGUUUUAGGAAUUGUAUUUAUCUUUAUUUUACUACGCAUGCACAAAAACAAAGCAAGGUAAGGCAAAAUCUAACAACUGGUCACGACAGUUAGCUACUCGUCAUUGCAUCCAUCAGAAGUUGGCAUUAUUAUUUCGACAGUCGUUGUGAUAUCAUAAAUAUGUUAAUACGUCACUGCGGCUGUUAAUUGCACUGUAUAUUGUAUAGCAUUUUUUGACGAGUAUUACUGACAUUGACCAUUUUCCAUAUUGCCGUUAUUAUCAUUACGAUUCUCAUAGCUGUACACGAUUUUAUCUACCGCCGCCUUUUGAUGAUCAGUAGCUAAAUUGAAUGUUGACCCUGUGUAUACCACAUAAGCGGCAAUGUUACAACAGAAAGAGCAACGUAAACAAUGGAGAUAGAAAAACGCCGUCUGUAACCGUCCAUCCCAUGAUCUAAUACGUUAAUCUUAAUUCUAUAAAAAUGCUGCCAGUUUUCGUCCUGUAAUUAUAAUCAUUUUUAAUGUGUCAUGGGAAGCCGUCAUUUACUCAUCUGCUUAAUGCUUUCAAAUAUAGAGAUAAACUGUUACCUGAUUACUGGCCAUCUGUGGCCAGUGGUAACAAGCAUGAUGCGUCCGCAAUGACGACGAGAUCACAAAAAAAAUGUCAGAUGAAUUAUUGCUGUUAAAUAAAACAAACACAGACAAACAUUUACUGUAAUGAAAUGACGUAAUUGUGGGGACGACGGUUAACGGCCACACUGAAGCAAAGGAAACGUAUCUCAACACAACGGGCACCAAGUGGCAAAGUACCAGAUUAAUAAUUCCUUGUAAUCAUAAUAAUAAUUAUUAUUGUUAUAACUAUUACUGUUGUUGUGAAAUGCAUGCUACAACGGCGGAAUACAGAUGAAAGCAUCGCCCUCUUCCCAAAAACAGCUGUAUAGGUGCUUUUGUAUAAUGUGUAGAUAGAUCGUAAGGUAUACUAGUUUAGGUGUCAAGCAAGCCGUAACAAUGACUGUUUCAUAAGUAUUUUUUUUAAUACCUUUGUUGAAGCUGUCUAAGGAAGAAAAAGGAUGUUGGUACUGCAAGGUCCCUGCUACUGAACUGCUGUUUAAACACGAAAUCAAUGAGUAUCGAGAACGUCUUUGAAGGCGUUAUUCGAUGAGCAUCUAGUUCGGUCUGAAAAAGCUGAGGUAUGAAAAAUUGCACUGUCUAUGUACACAGCCUAAUCGCAGCCGUUCAGAUGGCACCAAAUCUGUAAAUUACCUUCAAAUGUACUUUUGUAUACAGCAGAAAGAGGGCGAAUGGCAUGUGUAGCUUACAGGAAAUGUGUAGUUUACGAUUUAAGUUUGAAGUGAAGAUCAACGAUGUCAAAUGUACCUUUAUGCAAGCCUUUUUCUCACUAUCACUAAUUUCGAAAUAAAUUCUAUUAAACUGCGAUAAGGCGGAAGGUUAGUAUGCGUUAAGGAACACAAAUCCUUGCUAUCACAGAGCGUAAAUUUUUGCGAUAUGAUUUCACAUCCUUUUUUGUUGAUGUAUUUAUACGCUAAACAGUAGUGACUGAAAUGAUUGUCCUAGCCAAACCAAUUAGGUGAAAUAGCUAAGUUAGUUUUUCGAUUUAAUGUAGUAUUAAUAUUACCCACAUCCGAACUUACGGUGCGCAUAGGAUUGACGCACUCAGUUUCCUACCGGCUCAUUUAAUUAGUGCAGCUGUUUGCCUUUUCGCUACCAGGUGGCUUACAUAUUUAAUCUAUUUCCCAAUGAGUCUGCAAGUUCUUCUUGUUACAUUAGAGCCAUUUACUCAUUAGCAAGAUGAGAGAGACUAUUGUAAAGCGAUCGUCUGGCACUUCUGAGAAACUGGGAACCGCCAUCGCUUUUUAACCCAAUAUUGUACUUCAUUUGAAGUUUACUAUCUCGCGCUCUGUGUCUCUUAUCGACUCUCACUUUAAUCGGUUUUAGCGAGAAUCUAGAAGAUUGCUAUUGUACUAUACGAGGUUUUGAUGCAGGCUCUUGAUUUGUAUUCAGUACGCCUGUUUUCUGUUCUGUGCUGUUUGCAACGUGCAUGGCUCAAGAGACAGCAACUUGCAGCAAUAACGAAAUAACCGAAAAUAAAACACUGAUGUUAGCGCGUGACAAAAACAUCCCAGAGUCUAGAAACCAACACAAAUUAUUGCAUUGUAUAGUUAUAUUGCAUCUAUGACACUGAAAAAAGUAUAUAUAUAUAUAUAUAUAUACAUAGGGGAAAAAACGCUCUAACAGCUACCAGUGUUCUCAUAGUAGUUACUUGUGUGGGCCUUAAUAUCAACAACAGUAUCAUCAGUAUAAACGAUUCCAAUGAUCAUGACACACAAUAUUUAAUGGCAAAAUGCACAAAACAGAUGGAUUCACUGUUAGGAGAAUUAACUUGCUAUAGGCUGUCGCAGUGAACGCCGAGCUAUCAAACAUGUUGGGCGAAUAAAAUGAGGAGAUCUGAAUUAGAAAUCUCUUAGCCCCUUCCUUUCUUCGAAUUUGGAAAAGAUUGUUAUUGACUAAUUGACUUCAUGGCGCUAAUAAGACGAGGUUAAUGAUGUGUGAAGUUAGUUGACUGUUCGCAUCGUUCUGCCGAUACACCAAUACCUGGAAUCUAUGUAAGAUAAAUAGACAGAUGCAUGUUGUGUAGAAAACAAAAUUCCAGCUGUUACUCUCUGAUGGUGAAUAGACACUUCUUAGUGAAGGUUUGUUGGUAUUUUUUUGAUGACUCAUUAAAAUAACCGAGCACGCGACUACGGUAAAGUUCAGUCGCGGUCAACCAUUCUCAAUGUACACUACCGUAUGGAAUUAUUAUUACAUUCAUGAUAUUUGAUAAUUAUACAUAUUUGUAUAUGCAGUUAUGGAAGCCGUCAUUCUAGAACUGCCGGCAGUUGUUGCAGUAUAGCAAAAUGGUCAUUUACUAUUAUUAUUAUUA